AUGCUUCGGCAGCUUCUGACGAGCUUUCAAGAGCUUCGCGUCGACUGCAACGCAGCAGCCGCUGACACUUGCACAGUGUCAGCCGCAACGACACGAAGUAAAGCCAAGAACCGCGCGUCUGUGCAGGGCACAGACGCCGACAAGCGCACGAAGAACGUGUCUGUGCGGGGCACAGACAUCAACAAGAACAAGAAGAAGAAGAACGGGUCUGUGCGGGGCACAGACACUGACAAGAACAAGAAGAACGGGUCUGUGCAGGGCACAUACACCGCGAAGACGAACGCAGAGGCCGGGCCUACUGCUUGA